GAACGGGCUAAGGUCCGCAAAGCAAUGGAGAAUAUGCUCCAGAAGGCCGCACUGAAGAUCCUCGCCGUGGUCAAUCGCGAUAAGGAUCAUAUCCCACCCAUCACGACUAGCGACUCCAACCCCUUCCCUUAUCGCAUUGUCCUCAACCCGCGCACAGAUGGGUGGCAGAAUAGGUUUGGGCUGUAUUAAGAGGAAGGCGGAAGG